AAGAUCGAAGGUCAUGUAGACAGCGCGUCCCGCCCCCGUACCCGUAAGAUCUCGCGUGAGUAUAAUUUCCGUCCUUUUGGCUCUCGGAGCAGCACCAUGGCGGUCGGAAAGAACAAGCGCCUUACGAAAGGCGGUAAAAAGGGAGCCAAGAAGAAAGUGGUUGACCCAUUUUCUAAGAAAGAUUGGUAUGAUGUGAAAGCACCAGCUAUGUUCAAUAUAAGAAAUAUUGGGAAAACACUAGUCACGAGAACUCAAGGAACCAAAAUCGCAUCUGAUGGCCUCAAGGGUCGUGUGUUUGAAGUGAGCCUUGCUGAUCUGCAGAAUGAUGAAGUUGCAUUUAGAAAAUUCAAGCUUAUUACUGAGGAUGUUCAGGGCAAAAACUGCCUGACUAAUUUCCAUGGCAUGGAUCUUACCCGUGACAAAAUGUGCUCCAUGGUCAAAAAAUGGCAGACCAUGAUUGAAGCUCACGUUGAUGUCAAGACUACCGAUGGUUAUUUGCUUCGUCUCUUCUGUGUGGGUUUUACUAAAAAACGCAACAAUCAGAUUCGGAAGACCUCUUAUGCCCAGCACCAGCAGGUCCGCCAGAUCCGCAAGAAGAUGAUGGAAAUCAUGACCCGAGAGGUGCAGACAAAUGACUUGAAAGAGGUGGUCAAUAAAUUGAUUCCAGACAGCAUUGGAAAAGACAUAGAAAAGGCCUGCCAAUCUAUUUAUCCACUCCAUGAUGUCUUUGUUAGAAAAGUAAAAAUGCUGAAGAAGCCCAAGUUUGAAUUGGGAAAACUCAUGGAGCUACAUGGUGAAGGUAGUAGUUCUGGAAAAGCUACUGGGGACGAGACAGGUGCUAAAGUUGAACGAGCUGAUGGAUAUGAGCCACCAGUCCAGGAAUCUGUUUAAAAAUCAGACUUUUAAUGGUGACAAAUAAAAGACCUCAUUUGUGAUACUUAA